AUGGGCCCUAGAGGAGUAUGGCUGAAGGUGAGCUUAGGAUUUUUCUUAGACAAACAAGAUGUCUUGACUCCUUUAUUGAAGAGUAUUGAUUGCGUGCGUCUGCUACGAGGACCGAGGUGUUGCUCCUUGGCUCGCCACAAAGAGAACUGCCUAUCACAUCACCGUGAAGUUGGCCAAGACAUCUCGUCAGGACGAAUAACCGGCCCCUACUUUUUAUCCGGAGUUUCCCGCGACGUGGUGGCUGCCGAGGGUCAGGCGGCGUAUCUACACUGCCGCGUCGCGCACAUCGGCGACGUGGCGCGUGUGUCGUGGAUAAGACAACGAGACCUCCAUGUCAUUAGUGCUGGGUUUGUUGUCUUCGCUUCAGACCAAAGAUAUCGGGUUAUCCACCCCGCUACCUCCGAUAACUGGACUUUGCAGAUCAAGUACGUACAGCAGAGGGACUCGGGAGGUUACGAGUGCCAAGUAAACACAGAGCCGAAGAUAUCGAUGUCGUUUUACCUUACUGUGGUUGAGUCCAGGGCAACGAUCCAAGGUCCAGGAUAUGUCAAAGCUGGGAGUACUAUCAACCUCACCUGUAUUAUUAACCAGGUGAAUGUUGAAGGACUGGUAUACUGGUACCGCGACCAACAGAUCCUCGACUACGAAGGACCCGUGUCCAUCCUGACGCAGGAGGCGGCGGAGGGAACCACGUCGCGACUCACCAUCAGGAACGCCACCCCCAGGGACUCCGGGAACUAUACGUGUUGGCCCACCUCCGCGCAGCCUUCGUCGGUGCUCAUCAACGUCGUUUUGGAGGGCGAGCAACCGGCAGCUAUGCAAACAGGUGUUGGUACUCGCACCUGUUUAACAACGCACCUGCUAUGGAUGCCCUUACUUUCCCUUACUCUGGCACUCCUUCCUGGACACAGAUGAUGAAACUCAACGUCCCUUGGCACUGAUUGGCACUGAUUGGCACAUGGGCGCGGCGUGUGCCCUUCUGGUGGCAGUUGUUUGUAUUUAUAUAUCUGAAAAC